CAUGUGACAUUUCUACCCACACAUGGCAGCUCUGUGGCAGCUCUGCACCUUUACUUUGACUCUGACUUUGACUCUGACUAUUUAAAUACUACUCCUUGAUCAAUCAUGUCGCAGUUGAUUGAGACUUUCCAGAGUAUUGGCCUCAGUGAAGCCAAAGCCAAGGAUACCAUCAAGAACACUGCUCUCUCAAACACCCUCAAGGGGCUGAUACUACAGGCCCAGCAAAAGCUGAAUGACUCCAAGGUGACCAAGCCAAUGGGUAACCUGUUGUAUCACAUGGCAACACGGUUUAAGGGUUCAGAGACAAGAUCAGCAUUCAUUGUAGAUUACAUAUGCAGUGAGAAACUGACGUCUGAGCCACAGCUGGCAGCUGCCCUGGAGUUUCUCAAGACCCACCCGGUGGACCCCAUCGACACCACAGCCUUCGAGCAGUGCUGUGGAGUGGGUGUGGUCAUUUCUCAGGAGGAAAUUACUCAGUGUGUGCAAGAAGCGAUUGAAGCCAGCCGAGCUGAGCUCCUUGAACGAAGGUACACAUUCCCCGUAGGAAAACUAAUGGGUGCUGUGAAGGACCAACUGAAGUGGGCUGAUGGGAAAUUGGUCAAGUCUACUAUUGAGCAGCAGGUUGAAGCUUUGCUUGGCCCGAAAACUGUUGAAGACUCAAAACCAUCAAAAGGAAAAAAACGAGCAGCCCCCACCACUACUGCUGCUCAGAAGAAGCCAGAAAGAGUGACUCAGAGUCAGAAGGAAGAGGAAGACCCUCUACUGACAGGGGAGGCACUCAACUUCCACAAACCAGGAGAGAACUACAAGACAGAAGGCUACGUGGUCACCCCCAAGACCAUGGAGCUGCUUCAAAAGCAUCUCACCACUACUGGUGGAAUGGUCAUCACCAGAUUCCCCCCUGAGCCCAAUGGUAUCCUGCACAUAGGCCAUGCCAAGGCCAUCAACUUUAACUUCAAGUAUGCCAUUGCCCAUGGCGGCGUCACUUACCUGAGGUACGAUGACACAAACCCUGAGAGGGAGGAAGAGAGGUUUAUCAGAGGCAUCCAAGAAAUGGUGGAGUGGCUAGGUUACAAGCCAUGGAAAGUGACCUUCUCGUCAGACAACUUUCAACAGCUGUAUAACUGGGCAGUGGAACUCAUUAAAAAAGGCCAUGCGUACGUGUGUCACCAGCGUCACGAGGAGAUCAAAGGUCACAGUCCGCCACCCAGCCCCUGGAGGGAGCGACCCAUAGAGGAGUCACUACAGCUCUUUGAGGAUAUGCGCAGAGGAAAGUUUGAGGAAGGAGAGGCCACUCUGCGUAUGAAAAUGACCCUGGAGGAUGGAAAGCAGGACCCGGUGGCAUACAGGAUCAAGUACACCCCUCACCCCCACGCAGGUGACAAGUGGUGCGUCUACCCUACCUAUGACUACACCCACUGUCUGUGUGACUCCAUUGAGAACAUCACUCACUCACUCUGCACCAAGGAGUUCCAGGCAAGACGCUCCUCCUACUAUUGGCUGUGCAAUGCGUUGAACAUCUACUGCCCUGUGCAGUGGGAGUAUGGUCGUCUUAACCUUCUCUACACUGUGGUCUCCAAAAGGAAGAUCCAGCGUCUCAUAGAGCACAAAGUGGUGGCAGACUGGGACGACCCACGGCUCUUCACGCUUACCGCUCUCAGGAGGAGGGGCUUCCCAGCAGAGGCCAUCAAUGCUUUCUGUGCCAAAGUAGGUGUGACCAUGUCUCUGGUGGUGAUCCAUCCUGACAUGCUGGAGUCUUGUGUCAGGGACAACCUCAACAAGAAUGCUACCAGGGUGAUGGCAGUUUUGGAUCCAGUUCGAGUGGUCAUACUAAACCUCUCCUCAGCUGAUACCACAGAGCUGGAGGUGCCCAACAUUCCCCAGUGUCCGGAGAAUGGUAACCACAUGGUGACCUUUGAUCCCACAGAUCUGUACAUUGACAGAGCCGACUUCAAAGAGGAGGUGGAGUCAGGAUACCGUCGCUUAGCACCAGGGCAACCUGUGGGUCUUAGACACGCUGGCUAUGUUAUCACACUUGAAAAAGUGGUGAAGGACGGCUCUGGUAAAGUGACAGAGCUUCAUGUGACAGCUGCCAAGUCGAGUGAUACCCCCAAACCUAAGGCCUUCAUUCACUGGGUCUCCAAGCCACUCACCUGCUCUGUGCGUCUCUACUCCAGACUGUUCAUUCACAAGAAUCCUGAGGACCCCAACGAAGUGCCUGGAGGGUUCUGGACUGACAUUGCACCUAACUCUUUGGAGGUGCUAGACGGUGCUCUAGUGGAGAGGAGUGUGUCUGGAGCACCGGCCCUCACCAAAUAUCAGUUUGAGAGGGUGGGCUACUUCUGUGUCGACAUUGACUCCACUAAAGAUACGAUGGUCUUCAAUAGGACUGUGUCAUUGAAAGAAGACUCCGGAAAAAACUAAUGAUACACAAUUCGAAGAGUUUAAUUAUUGUUAUACUGUUAAUUUUUGUAACAAUUCAUUGCAUAUAAGUUGAAAAGCUUGAA